GGAUUCGGGUCUUCUCUCGGCUUUCUCUCCUCGACCGAACAAGGUGUGCGCUUUGUGAGCUCCCGCUGAAGCCAUCAAAGAAGAAAAAAAGUGGAAGAUUUUCCAUUUUUUCCACACUAAUUUUUCCAGCGAGGAAGUCGAAGUAGUAGAAGUUAAAUUUCGCGUAAAAGUACCGUUAUUUUGGGCACCGCAAUAGUUCAAACUGUGUGAAAAGUGAAACCCAAAAGUAAGAAGCCAAAAAAGCAACGCGAAACACCCCGACUGCAAAUUGAAGUGAAAUUUUUUUCCACCGAUCGCCAUCUUUUUUCUUCGAUCGACCGUGUAUUUGUGUGACUGUGUGAGUAAGUGUUCGGUAUCACCCCAAAGCGGAGCGCUAGCCAGACGGGAACUGUAGUUUCUGCCUUUCCACACCAUUUGCACGGAUUGCCGAAGUUGAGAAGCGUUUCGAGAGACGAACUGUACGGGUGGAAAAGUGCACUCUAUAAGCCAAUGCGCAGCGGAAAAUAAGAAGCGAAACGUAUUAGAAGGAAGUAGCAAGCAGGGUAACUAAAAGGAGGAAAAGUUCUACGCAGCGAACAACAAGUCCCAUUUUGUGUCGGCUCUGCGAGGAAGGGAAAGCACGAGAAGAUCUCUACAAUGCAGUUUCAAGGAAAUGGACAACCCCAUCCGGGAGGUUUCCGCCCACGUGGUGACAAGCCCGAUUUCUACGGCGGAAACGGAGUCCCGGGAGGCAAACCACCACACUUUAUGAGCAAACCAGGCGGACCACCGUCGAUUCCGCCCUUCAACCCGAACGGAUUUGGAGGACCGAAACCCAUGUACGGCAGUGGCCCGAAUGGACCCUCCGGUGGACCCGGUCGGUUCAACAAGUUCCGCCCAAACAUGUACGGCGGCCCGACGGAACUCGGCGGAGGAAUGGCACCGAAGAAGGACUUUGGUGGACCUAAGAUGUUCAGCACGGGCGCCCCAGUAGGCAUGGGCGCGAUGAAUGGAAAACCGAUGUAUGACAAACCUUUCGAUGCAUUCGGAGGUCCUAAAAAGUACAACACCAUGCCAAACUCGUACGGAAACAGAAAUGGUUAUGGUCCAAAGCCAGAUUUUAACAACAUGAGCAAGGAAGAACGGGCCAAAAUUCAAUCGCUGAAGGCCAAGUUCCCCGGACAAGGUCUGGUGAAGCCCAUCUGGAAGGACCUAGAACCAUUCGAGAAGGACUUUUAUGUUCCUCACCCCAAUGUGAUGGCCCGGACUCCGGAAGAAGUGCAGGCAUUCCGCGAGCGUAUGCAAAUCACAGUCAUGGGCAACAGCGUUCCCCAUCCGUCUCAAGACUUUGAGGAAGGCAAUUUCCCCGACUUUGUCAUGAAUGAAAUCAACAAAAUGGGAUUCCCCAACCCGACCGCCAUCCAGGCACAAGGCUGGCCUAUCGCUCUCUCCGGUCGGGAUUUGGUCGGAAUUGCUCAGACUGGAUCGGGAAAAACCCUGGCAUACAUGCUGCCGGGUAUCGUCCAUAUUGCCCACCAGAAGCCACUGCAGCGGGGUGAAGGGCCGGUAGUGUUGGUGCUGGCACCGACCCGUGAACUGGCGCAGCAAAUCCAAACCGUGGUGCGAGACUUUGGCACUCACUCGAAGCCGCUGAUUCGCUACACCUGUAUCUUCGGAGGAGCUCUGAAGGGACCACAGGUUCGGGAUUUGGAACGUGGUGUUGAAGUGGUGAUCGCCACCCCAGGACGCUUGAUCGAUUUCCUUGAACGGGGCAUUACCAACUUGCGUCGUUGUACAUACUUGGUGCUUGACGAAGCCGAUCGUAUGCUGGACAUGGGCUUCGAACCGCAGAUUCGUAAGAUCAUCGAACAAAUCCGACCGGAUCGGCAAGUGCUGAUGUGGUCCGCCACGUGGCCCAAGGAAGUUCAGGCGCUGGCCGAAGACUUCCUUCAUGACUACAUCCAGAUCAACAUCGGAUCGUUGAAUCUGUCUGCCAACCACAACAUUCACCAGAUCGUGGACGUGUGCGAGGAGGGUGAGAAGGAAGGCAAGCUGCUGUCGCUGUUGAAGGAAAUUUCUAGCGAUGUAAACAGCAAGAUUAUCAUUUUCGUCGAAACCAAGAAAAAGGUGGAAGAUUUGCUGAAGAACAUCGUGCGGGAUGGAUACGGUGCGACGUCGAUUCACGGUGACAAGUCCCAAUCGGAACGUGAUUACGUACUGCAAGAUUUCCGCCAUGGCAAAAGCACCAUUUUGGUGGCGACCGAUGUCGCAGCCAGAGGCUUAGAUGUGGAAGACGUGAAAUAUGUAAUCAAUUUUGACUACCCGAAUUCCUCGGAAGAUUACAUUCACCGAAUUGGGCGCACUGGCCGUUGCUCUUCGUACGGUACGGCUUACACCUUCUUCACGCCCGGCAAUGGACGUCAGGCACGCGAAUUGCUUUCGGUGCUGGAGGAGGCGGGACAACAACCGACUGCUCAGCUGAUUGAUUUGGCUAAACAGGCACCUGGUGGUAAAGGUGGCAGAAGCCGAUACAACGUUCGUGGUGCGUUGACUUCCGGAGGAUAUAAUCGAGAUCAGAAUGGUUUUGGAGGUAACAGGAUGUUCCAGAAGAAGCCAUUCGAGAACCGAUUCGGUGGUCCUCCAGUCAAUGGAAUGGGACCUAAUCGGUUCAACAACCCGGGACCGAACAAAUACGGCGGACCAGGAGGCUACCGAAGUGAAAACAGCUGGAACAAGAACACUGGAGGUUAUCAGGCCGUGCCAUCGCAUCAGACUCAGAACGGAACUCCACAGCAGUCACCGCCACAGCAGCAGUUGUAUGAACCUCACCAGCAAAUGCGAUUCCAUUCGAAGAAUACCAUGUACCAGAAUCCGAAUCAAUACGAAGAUUUCUCCAACCAAAUGGUCGGAGGAGCUCCACAAGCUUUCAACGGUCAUAGCGGAACGCGUUUCUACUCGAACAAGCCCCAUCAGGGCACAGGUGGAAUGCAGCAAACUCAACUUGGCGGUCCCGGUGGCCGUUACAAUCCGAAUAACCAAUACAACGGUGAUGUCGGUCCGAAACCCGCUGGCGGACGUCCCCCAUAUCAACCGAAGCAACAACAGUUUAACAAUAGCUAUGCCGCCGCUGGUACGGCCAACCCAUACCCGGCGCAACUGGCUGCAGCAGCUGCUGCGGCCGCUGCCGCUGUCGGUGGCGGACAAACCAUUCCAGCUGCCGGGUUUGCUACCGGAUUUGAUCCGUUGGCUGGCGUCCAGGGAGCGAUGGGUACGUUCACUUCUUCCUAUCAAAUUCCAGCUGCUGCAGCUUACUAUUCGUAUCCUGCGGCCGCUGCUCCACCGCCGCCACCACAGACUCAAGCCCCGCCGGUCGUUCCCCCGGUUCAACAGUAAACUUUCCGCUUUCGAAGCGAUCGAAGGUAUACAAACACAUAUAUACAACAUAUAUUGCUAAGCAUGAGAAUUCAAUUUUUCAGCAUAAAAGCUCGUUAAUUUCCAUACUUUUAACUUAUUAACCGCGGAAGGUGUUCGUUUUUUUUGUGAAGAGUAAUCUUCCCCCCUAUAUUAGUAAUUGCGCAAAAUGUGUGUUUUUCUUUACACCUUUCGUAAAACAUUUAGAACGACUUCAAUUUUCUCCCUGAUCUAUAUAUCUAUUAUGUGAAAGCAUUCUAUUGGAAGAAAUGAUAUCUUAGAAUACAAUAAUUGUGAAUCUAAUUAUGAAAUAACAACCCGUUUGAAGUUUGGAUAAACCAGAAAGCGAUUAAAAUGGAUGUUUUCGUCUUAAGGAGUGUGGUCGAUGGUGGUUCACACCAUACGACCCAAGGGGGGGAGGUUGCAAUCCGCAAGCCCCCCCUUUUCACGUAUGUGUGUUAGAUCGUAAGCGUAGUUACAUACCUACACACCCACAGAGACACACAAAAUAUACACGCUCGAAAGCCGAGAGAGAGAAUACACAUUAAUCUUAAUACUUCAAUACACACACACGUAUAUAAAUUAUAUUAUUACAUUCAGGCAUUGGUAGAUUACAACUAUUUAUUGAACGAGGAAAUAUUCAUACCUAAGCAGAACGACAAAAACGCUAUGCAUUUUCCAACGUAUUCAUUAGGUUCCUUUCCGUUUCGAGUUAUUAUAAUACGAUGUUAGUGUUUUUUCUUCAUUUUUCGAGAUACUACUUCUUAUUAUUGAAAACGUUAGGGAUUUUUCUUUCGGUUUGUAGUGUUUUGCUGAAUAAUUUUGUUCAAUUGAUCGAUAUGAGACUAGGGACGGAGCGAUUCGUAAGCUGAUUUGGGACAAAGACGUGAUGUUUUGAUUAAUUAGCAAGUGCUGAGAAUUUUUUUCAAAACAGACUGAAAUAUUCUGAAGGAAAUAGUUCGUCACUAGAACAGAGUUGGUAGCAAGUAAUUUAUUUCGACUUAGUCACCAGACUAGGAAGUAGCCAUAAGCUACCCGAAUGCAAAAACCGAUAAAUUAGAACAGGUUAGAAUAGUAUGACAAGAGCAACUGCGGAAAUCAUGUCGGAACAGUUAGUAUACCACACUCAGCUCUUAGCGUUGUACAUCCUUAUUCGAAACGCUUGAAGCAACACCUUUAUCUUCAAGCGCUGUUAGUUAAUUUACGCAUUAGUUUGAGACAGCAGCCACCUCUUCAGCCAUCCAAUUUGUCAUGAGGAGCCGUUUCGUCCCCUUUCUAUCGAUCUAGAACAAAGCAAAUCACGAAAUCAUUCGAAAACGAACAACCGUGUCGAUUAGCAGCUGUGAAUAGGAAGUCAAAUUUCCUGCUAAACGUUCACUAAACUCAUGCAAAAAAACACUUCCACGAUACACGUAUUCAUUGUACGACACGGCAUAAUAUAGAAAAGGGUGUGACAAUCGGUUCUAUUGGUGAGAUUCAAAUUAAAAUGUUUCUCACUAAUAGCCAACCGUGUCUUUGGGACCCCAGGGUCCGCACGUCAGAGAUUCCAAAACCUAGCCUCCUUUCCAUAUCCAAAGUAUGUAUGUGAAACGUUUGGUACAAAGCAAAAAGUGUGCAAAAAACGAAUGCACCGAAAUCCGUAAAAAUGGCAUGGAAUAAGUGGCCAGCCAGAUUAGAGUAAUCUACAAAAGAGGGCGCAUUCUGAGUUCGUAUAGAGAAUUCCGCCUGAGAAAGCGAGAGCAAACACAAACAGAAAGCUUAUUCUAACGGAAAAUUUCGACACAACAUAACACUAUACAACGCAAUCAGUGCGGAAACAGAAAAGAAAAAAAAACUGUUUCUUCAGUAAGAACCUUUUCAUACCGACGAACGUCACUGAAUCGUGGUGACGUUUGGUGGUAAUUUGCUAAGAAAUACGAACAAUUACAAAGGAAACCAAUCUGCUACCUAAGUAAGGAGAUAAACAGAAGAAGCGUAAAGUGAAAAAGAGUAAAAGACUAGUUGAUAACUAGAUACUAAUGAGAACGGAUAGGCAAAAUCGAUAAGAGCAAUUAGAGAGACGGCGAGCGCCUAAGAUUUAAGCGAAGUUAAAGAUAAUAACUUGUGUGAUAAACGUUGAUGUCACUUGUGAGAAUAUGAUAAUGAUAAAAUAACAACUGAAAACAGAAGUACGCAAACAAAACUAAACAAAAACACACAAUGAAGGCAAGAGACUUGAAAACUUUUUUGUUUUAUUUAAUGAAAUUUGUGAUAUUCGUUAAUAUUUCCUUUCGCAUCCUGACACAUCGCGCCAGCAUUUUUUAGAACGCCUAAACCCCUCUGUAACCGAGAGAGAGAAAGUCGAGAAAGUAAAUUCGCGCGCGUACCAUUUACAAAUACAGAAACACAUUUAGGAAGCAUGCGAACAAGUCCAGAGCGGAACUGGGUCGCAUCCGAGGCGUCCACAAAACCGUUUGAAUCUGUGUAAUAAGCUAUAAAGUAAUUUUAGAGGCCACAUUCCUUUAAAAGAAGCAAACUGCUGCGAGUGCCGCUCAGUGGUGGCUUUUCUCACAGUAGUCGUUAGUUUAUUUUCUCUCAUUGAAAACACAAUUCAGUACCUGUUCAAUCGAAAAGUAAAAUACGAGAAUCAUGCAAAUCAUAAACGCGAAACGUAGUGGACGAUAGCAAAGCGAAUAAUUGAAAGACGAAUUUUAAUUUAAGCAUCAAUUUGAGAUGAAAAAUGCAAACUAUUCAAAUUGUUUAUGGGAAAAUGAAAUGGGGCAAAAAUAACAGUAAUCAACAGUCGUCAGUUGAAAACCGUAGUAGUUAAAAAGCAUGGAUUUCCUUCUCACACAAAUCUAGUCCGAAACAAACUGUUGUUUUUAUUUUGUAUUUUUAUUAAUAUUUAUCAUACAUAGGGGAAAUCCAAAGUGUGAUAAAGCGAAUAGCGCCACUGUCGUUGUAAGCUGUGGCAUUUUUAUGGUUCUUUUUUUGUGCGAAAAAAUAAGAAAAACGAAGAGAUGAGACUAUUUUCAUCAAAUCUCGAUGAAGAUGCGAAAAGUAAAAGCAAAACCAAACAAAGCGUAAUUUAGGAAAAGAUAGUAGGACAGCACGCGCAACCAAUCAAAACCACUAGAACAUAAGUGAAAAUAGAACUGAGAGUGUUAGUCUUCCCGCUAGAGGGCACUCAAAGGUAUUUUCACCUGCAUCGAACAACGAGUAUUUUCUCGUUAAUGUGCGCGCACUGUUAAUAAAUGCAUGGCAUCCACAUGACAUUUACUAGCACGGAAAUCAAACGAUAGAUGAAAAGCAGGAAACAUGAACGGAUAACCAUAACCAAAUUGCCUUUAAAUGAACUGUGAUCGUAUCAAAUCUCGUCUCGUUCCUUUUUCUCAUCACUUUGUUGUAAGAGGACAAGAUCGUAUCGUAUAAGUCCCCUUUUUCGAUGGGGACAAAAACUCAUUUUUUACACCUUCAUUUGUUAUAUCACCUAUAAAUCGACUAUAUUUUUUGUUAUUUACAAAAGCUAAUAAGUACUAGAACAAAUACAUUCGUGUGUGAUUCGGAGUUGUUCAUACUCUGGCUGACUGAUUAUUGUUGUUUAAGAACUACUAGUUAGAAAUGAUUAAAAUACAUUCAAUUGACACAAAACGAAAUGUAUGCCAAAAGUAUUCAUAUUGAUACACAAAGGAAAUUUAAUUUAUGUUUAAAUCAAAACGAAAUGAAAAAUUAAAAUUCGUCAAAUUGUUCCUAAUCGAAAACCACGUGGUAUUUUUAGUUCUCAUAAAGCUAGAAUCAUUAAACAAACCUAUGAUAACGAAACAGAAGAAAUUUACUUCUCGAGUACCGUAACAAACAACACAAAUGUUGCAAUAAAACAAAAAAGUUAACCAGCAAACUUUCUUUCACACAAAAACAAACGCAGGCAAAUAAAAAAAAGCCGGCUGUGUUCACUUCUACCACAAAAUACCGAAAUAACAAUUUUGUUUCAUGCAAGAUUGGUACUCUUGCGCUUUCCAUUGGGUGAUAUUGUGAUAACCAUCGGAGUAUGUCGUCGUAGAAGAAAGAACAAGAGUCAUUAUCGAUAUAUGAAACAAACAAAAAAAAAACUCGCAUCUGUGAAAAAUGACAACUGAACUAACACAAAACUAGACACACAAAAGAAAAACAAACAGAGAAGCAAAUCGGGUAACUUUGUAAUACAGAUUGUUGUUUGUAAGCGAAACACUAUAGGAUCUUGACAAUUGCGCGAGCCGAGAUCAUUCGGAAAAUUUUGCAAACCUUAUGCGAAGGUUUUGCGCGGUUCCGUCGAACCGUGACCCCACUACAGUAAAACAAAAGAACACUUUUUAGGAAUAUAUGAAAAUGAAACACUUACAAGCAGAAAACCAAACGCUCGCCUCUCUAGAGAAACCAACAAACAUUGUUGAUUGACGAAGGAAAUCGAAUCAAACGUCGAGAAAAAAAAUGUUUUAUUUAUCGUAAAACAUAAGAAUUGUAUCACUUCUUAUUUAUGGAGCAAACACGCCAGAUACAUUUUUUCGUAUCCAAAAAAGCAAACACAAAACUACGAUCUGUGAAAGUAUGAUGAAGCGUCGUCAUGAAAAAAGAUUUUUUUUAUUGAAAAAUGCAUAAACUGUGAAAUCUCGCGUGUGAUGAAGCGGAAACGAUUUAGCAAUCGUAUUCGACAGAAAGAAAGAGAGAAGUGUCUUCGUCUGCGCGUCCGAUCGUUGGUUGGGAUGGGACUUUGGUUCUGUACGAACUCUUAUACCUACUUUACCACCGUCUGGCGCCUUUCGCAAGCGUCUCACAUAUUUCGCUCCACUGGCAGAUACUGCUUAGAAGAACCGGAAAAAGUCAGAAAACCAUGAAUGAAAAUCGUUUAAUAAACAAACAACCGUAAACUAAUAAAAAUUUAUCAAGUUUAAUGGGCAAAUUA